AGGAACUGAAGAAAUCUGAUGAAAUGUUAUUGACUAAACAUGUUGCUGUCUGUCCUAUUAAAAUUACUUCCACCUUUCAUUUAAGGUAGACACAAAAUGCUGGAGUAACUCAGCAGGACAGGCAGCAUCUCUGGAGAGAAGGAAUGGGUGACGUUUCAGGUCGAGACCCUUCUUCCAGCUGCCAAAAACAAACCUCAUCCUUCCCUCCAUCCAAAAAUCGAAUGCCUUUAUCACUGAUCUUUCAUCCUCAGGCAAUCCUACCUCCACGCCUCCACCCUCAAUGUGCACAGCUCAUAUCUACCGCCUCCUCAAGUUCACAAGCAGGACUUGCUACCAUAACAUUUCUAAUGCUGGGCUGAGCUGAGUCAAACAAAUGUAGGGAUCCUUUGGAGAAGCACCUCAUUGCCACACCAUGAUUCCCAUUCGAAAGACAUUUAGCCUUGUUUUCAUAAUUGGAGCUAGUGUUCUGCUGUAUGUAAGUUGGCAUAUGAAAACAGAACAACAUUUUCAAAAGCACAUGGUAAGAAUGUCACACGUGGAAGAUGAAGCUCCCAUGGAUGAUCCUCGUCCACUCCUGGACCCUGGGAUUAUGUUUGUGGAAACAACAGACAAGGUGGAGCUGAAGCCAUUGGUGAUGUGCUCAGUGGAGUCUACUGCUCGUCAAAACCCAGAUAAACCAAUCUACUUCUUCAUGAAGGGGUUCAGUGGCAACUUGAGCCAAUAUCCAGAGCCUAAGUACAGACUCAUCUCAUUGCUCUCCUCAAUGAAGAAUGUUGUCCUUCUCCCUUUAAACGCUACCGAACUGUUUGAUGAUACUUCAUUGAAAUUCUGGCAUCAAAAGGUAAAUCCAGAAAAGGAGAAGUUUUGGACCCAUGUGUUUGCUGAUGGCUGCAGAUUAGCACUGCUGUGGAAAUAUGGGGGCAUCUACCUGGAUACUGAUAUUAUAUCAAUGAGGCCAAUGCCGUUUGCUAACUUUACAUGCCCUGAGCAUGCUAGAACUGUCAGUAAUGGGGCAAUAGGUUUCUCACAUAGGCAUCAUCCUGUUUUAUGGAAUUGCAUGGAAGAUUUUGUGACCAAUUACAUUGGACAUAUUUGGGGCCAACAAGGCCCUAAACUGCUUACCCGUGUGCUAAAGAAAUGGUGUCAGAUGGAUAAUCUAGCUCCCUUCAUUGGCAAAGAAUGCAACGGCAUCUCUUUAUGGGUCACAAAUCGGUUCUACCCAAUCCCAUUUCGAGCUUGGAAAAUGUACUAUACUCCUUGGAAAAUGAAGGAUAUAGAGCGGACCUUCUCAGCAACAUAUGGAGCACAUGUCUGGAAUUAUAUGAAUUCCGAAAAUAAAAGGGAAAUCGUUGCUGGAAGUGGAUCAUUAAUUGAACAUUUUUUUCAGUUGUAUUGUCCAACUACAUACAGAAAUGUAAUUCAGUUGAAUCAUAGUACAUGGUGAUUUAUGUCCUGAUGUCCCUGUUUUUAGUAUCUCUAAAAGUGUGUUUUACUAUGGGUUAAUAUGGGGGGGCCGGGCGGGAAUUGGGGAAACUGUUUUUUAGUCACUUACCUCGGUGGAAUGCGACUUUUCUCCUAGUUGCAAUUCGCCCUUCCUCGCGGCCUAAUAAUUUGGAUUGGUGCGGCCUCUCCCGGAGUCGGGUUCAGAGCUUCACCAGCGGGCGCAGCGCGGACUUUCCAUCGUGGAGCCGGGCAAUCCCUUGCCGGGGGGUCGCUAGAAGAAGUGCUCCGAUCGCUGGCCCACAGAGUACGACAUCCUGAAGCUGCGGUCUGUGGAGCUUCUAGCUGCGGGCAUGGCGUGGACUUUCCAUCGCGGACCGGGUGAGCCCGAAGCAGUGCUCCAACCGCCAGCCUGCGGCCUAUAACAUACUGAUGCCGCAGUCUGCAGAGCUUCUAGCCGCGGGUGCGGUGUGGACUUUAAGAGAUCCGACCGCCGGCCCGAGGUCUAGAACCAAAGG